AUGGGAAUACAGCGGACGGCUUCGCAGCGUGUUGUGUCUCCCAGGGGCCGCUCCGUCGACCCACCUGCUCACCCCCCUGUCCAGUCCCACCUGCUCACCCCCCACCUCCAGUCCCACCUGCUCACCCACCUCCAGUCCCACCUGCUCACCCCCCACCUCCAGUCCCACCUGCUCACCCCCCUGUCCAGACCCACCUGCUCACCCCCCUGUCCAACCCACCUGCUCACCCCCCUGUCCAGUCCCACCUGCUCACCCCCCCACCUCCAGUCCCACCUGCUCACCCCCCACCUCCAGUCCCACCUGCUCACCCCCCACCUCCAGACCCACCUGCUCACCCCCCUGUCCAGUCCCACCUGCUCACCCCCCUACCCACCUGCUCACCCCCCUGUCCAGUCCCACCUGCUCACCCCCCACCUCCAGUCCCACCUGCUCACCCCCCACCUCCAGUCCCACCUGCUCACCCCCCACCUCCAGACCCACCUGCUCACCCCCCACCUCCAGUCCCACCUGCUCACCCCCCACCUCCAGUCCCACCUGCUCACCCCCCCUGUCCAGACCCACCUGCUCACCCCCCUGUCCAGUCCCACCUGCUCACCCCCCCACCUCCAUCCCACCUGCUCACCCCCCCACCUCCAGUCCCACCUGCUCACCCCCCACCUCCAGUCCCACCUGCUCACCCCCACCUCCAGACCCACCUGCUCACCCCCCUGUCCAGUCCCACCUGCUCACCCCCCUGUCCAGUCCCACCUGCUCACCCCCCACCUCCAGUCCCACCUGCUCACCCCCACCUCCAGACCCACCUACCCACCUGCUCACCCCCCACCUCCAGUCCCACCUGCUCACCCCCUGUCCAGUCCCACCUGCUCACCCCCCCUCCAGUCCCACCUGCUCACCCCCCACCUCCAGACCCACCUGCUCACCCCCCACCUCCAGUCCCACCUGCUCACCCCCCACCUCCAGUCCCACCUGCUCACCCCCCACCUCCAGUCCCACCUGCUCACCCCCCACCUCCAGACCCACCUGCUCACCCCCCCACCUCCAGUCCCACCUGCUCACCCCCCACCUCCAGACCCACCUGCUCACCCCCUGUCCAGUCCCACCUGCUCACCCCCCACCUCCAGUCCCACCUGCUCACCCCCCCACCUCCAGACCCACCUGCUCACCCCCCACCUCCAGUCCCACCUGCUCACCCCCCACCUCCAGACCCAGCUGCUCACCCCCCCCCUCCAGACCCACCUGCUCCCCCCCACCUCCAGACCCACCUAUCACGAACUCCAGGCCCCGUCCAGAGAGACCUGCACCGCCAGGCCCCAUAAAGAGAGACCUGCACCGCCAGGCCCCAUCCAGAGAGACCUACACCACCAGGCCCCAUCCAGAAAGACCUGCACCACCAGGCCCCAUCCAGAAAGACCUGCACCGCCAUGCCCGAUCCAGAGAGACCUGCACCGCCAGGCCCGAUCCAGAGAGACCUGCACCACCAGGCCCCAUCCAGAGAGACCUGCACCACCAGGCCCCAUCCAGAGAGACCUGCACCACCAGGCCCCAUCCAGAGAGACCUACACCACCAGGCCCCAUCUAGAGAGACCUACACCACCAGGCCCUAUCCAGAGAGACCUACACCGCCAGGCCCCAUCCAGAGAGACCUGCACCACCAGGCCCGAUCCAGAGAGACCUGCACCACCAGGCUCCAUCCAUAGAGACCUGCACCACCAGGCUCCAUCCAGAGAGACCUGCACCACCCUAUACUACCAGGCCCCAUCCAGAGAGACCUGCACCACCAGGCCCCAUCCAGAGAGACCUACAUCACCAGGCCCCAUUUAG